AUGGAGCGGCCACGAUGCUUAAAAUGGUCGUUCUUGCGCAUCGCGGUCUCGUCGAUGGUGCUCGCAUUCGUCGCAACCGUCGCGAGAGCUGCCAACGUGACUAUAACGCACCUGCGCCUCGACACGACGCACGACUCGCCCUACUCGCCUUGGGACCCCUCCGUCUACUUCCAGUGUGACGGGGAGAUGAAGCACGUGCUGCAGGGGGUGGUGCAGGCUAAUGUCACUUACAAUUUCACUGGCCAGGAGGAAUUCCAGGUGGGUUUCAGCAGGUGGGUUUCAGCACAGCCUUUGGUCGAGCUCGCCUCUGCAGAGUGCAAGACCUGUGGCUUGUACGAAGCUGAUACAUUCAAAGUGGACGAUACGUUUGACAAGUUCCAGCUGUGCGCGGAUGACUUCAGGGGCAGCAAGGAGGGGCAUGUGACGCGGUGGGUGGAUGGGGAGUUCAAGGUGGCGUUCAGUUGCCCCGACUGCCUCAACAGCCACGACCACUCGCCUGUGGAAGCUCUCUUACAAGGCGACUCCUGGUAUCCCCUGCUCCCGUUCCUCAUCUUCCUCGCAGCGGCGGCAGCCAUCAGCUGCAUCGCUGCCCUCCUCUCCUGCUGCAUAGAGCGCCGCAUCUGGCCCUUCCACCACAAGAAUCCCACCCAACCGCUCAGCACCUUGGAGAAACAACAGCUUGCAGAAGCCACUGCAUUCAUCGGAAGCAGCGACGAGGAAGAGGAGGAUGAGGAGAGGGAGAGGGGGGAGAGUGGGAGAGGGAGGGGUUCUGAAAUAGGGAUUGAAAUGGGGGAUUUGGGGAGUAGUGGGGUGUCGGAUGGUGAAGGGGAAGAAUCGGGGGGUGGAGGUGUGGGUGGGAGUGGGAGGAAGGCUCAAGGGGAUUGCUUGCACGGCCGCCCCUACUCUGUUCCGAGGGAAGAUGAGAGGGUGGACGUUUGA